GUGGGAAUAAAAGCUACAUGUUAAUUCAUUUUAAUGUAAUUAAAAGCUUUCGAAAUACUGCUUGCCUUGCAUUACCAACAUCUGUAUCUGCAAUGAGAACAUAAUGAAGGUCAAUCAUUCCGUCCUAGACAAUGGCUGCUGCCAUGAGGAUUAGGGUAGCGAAUGUUGCAAGAAACUAUGUACAAACGCUACUAUUACAAUCUCAUACGAUGAAAACUAAGCAUAAAGUUUGUUUCCACAACUCAUCCUUCUUAUAUGCUGUUGGUCAAGAACUUAAAAUGCCAUCACUUUCACCAACGAUGUCAGACGGAACCAUUGUAAAAUGGUUAAAAAAAGAAGGGGAUCCCAUUGUUCCAGGAGAUGUGUUAUGUGAUAUACAAACAGACAAAGCAGUUGUUUCAUUUGAAACUGAAGAAGAGGGAGUUCUUGCAAAAAUUUUGGUUCGAGAGGAUGCUAAAGAUAUAAAAGUAGGAACUGUUAUAGCACUCAUGGUGGCUGAGGGUGAAGACUGGAGGUCUGUCGAAGUCCCCAAAUCAUCUGAUGCGUCGUCUUUAGCGCCACCACGACCGCCGUCAGAACCGGCAUCGAAACCAGGAUCUGGGGUUACAGGGCAAGAAGUGAAAAUGCCGUCACUCUCGCCAACAAUGUCUGAAGGCACUAUUUUAAAAUGGCUGAAAAAUGAGGGUGAUCCAGUUGCCCCCGGAGACGUGCUAUGCGACAUACAGACCGAUAAGGCAGUUAUGUCAUUUGAGACUGAAGAAGAAGGUGUACUUGCUAAGAUUUUGGUUCAAGAAGACGUGAGAGAUGUAAAAGUAGGCGCGCUAAUCGCUCUCAUGGUGGCACCAGGAGAAGAUUGGAAGAAUGUUGAGAUUCCUUCAUCUGCCGCGCCACUGCCAUCUGCGCCGUCACCUCCAUCGGCAUCAAAGUCAGGUCAUAAGUUUGAGAUGCCAUUUGCACAUAAAAUUUUGGCGAAACGCCAGGUAGAAAGCAGAGCCAAACAAACCGAGCGCUUGACUCCGCCCCCUAGCUCCUUGGGCCUGGGUCCAAACAAGAGUACCGGUCCCAGGCAGGUGACUUCUCAGAAAUUGCUGUUUUUUGUGAAUAUCAGUUUGAACGUUGUUAAUUUCUUGUUGUACAGGAUUUUAGGACCUGCAGUUCGCGUGCUGUUGGAACGCUAUCACUUGCAAUCCAGCCGCGUAACUGCUACUGGCCAUAAAGGGAAACUUCUUAAAGGAGAUGUACUGAAAUAUAUUGCAGACAAUAAACUUAAACCAAAAGCGCCAAAGGAAGUUCCUCUACCAGCAGUGCCAAAAGCAGCAGCAGCAGCAGCAGCGAAGCCUCCAAAACCAAGUGUCCGAAGGCAAGACGGGGAUGGAUACACUGACAUCGAGUUAACUGGAAUAAGGAGAACAAUCGCAAAGAGGCUCACCGAGUCCAAGACAACCAUACCACAUGCAUACGGAGUUUCUGAUUGUACAAUUGAUAAACUUAUCGCUUUGAGGAAACAGCUGAAGGAAGAUGGAAUAAAAUUAUCAGUCAAUGACUUUGUGAUCAAAGCAGUUGCAUUGGCCCUACAACAGUGUCCUCAAGUCAAUGCCCUUUAUAAGGGGGAACAGGUAGUACAUCCAGCCGAUAUUGACGUUUCUGUGGCAGUAGCUACAGAGAAUGGGCUCAUAACGCCCAUCGUGAAAGCAGCUGAUGCAAAGGGUCUUGAAGAGAUUUCAGCAACAGUUCAGGAUUUAGCUAAGAAGGCCCGAGACGGAAAAUUACAACCUCAUGAAUUUCAAGGCGGCACUUUUACGGUGUCAAACCUCGGAAUGUAUGGUGUGGAUGAGUUCAGUGCCAUUAUAAACCCACCACAGUGUGGGAUUUUAGCAGUUGGAGGAAGUCGGCUUGUUCUAGAUGAAGAGAGAAACCCUGUUACAAAGAUGAAAAUCACAUUGUCAUAUGACGGUCGAGCAGUAGAUGAAGAAAUAGCCUCUGAAUUCUUAGGAGUUGUUCGAGAAAUGUUGGAAGAUCCAUCAGCGAUGCUUCUAGGUGGACGAGGUUUACGAGACAAGCUUGGUCUCUAGACACAAGUACACCCUUUUCAUUAUGGUACUUGUGUUUGGGUACCAUUUUAUUAGUAUUUGCAGAAAUGGGAUUUUUAUAGUAACUUAUAAAUGUUAAUAGUACAUUGAGUUUUCCAUAAACUUUUUACCAUCGACGUGUGUGAAAUAUAGCUCAAAAUCUGUGAAGACUUGAAGCAUUAAAGUAAGUAAUGAAGGAAGUUUGAGCACCAGUAUGUAUAGCGUUAUGUAAUGACAUAAUUUGCUAGUCACUUUGCUUUAAUGUGCUCAGAACUUCAGGUUAUAUUACUUUAACUGUAACUACUGAUCAUGAGAUCUAAAAUGUUAUUUUAAAUGGUGCGAGCAUCAUCAUUCCCCCUUAAAUUAUAUCACCUUUUUAAAAAAUCAAGAUUCAGUUGCAUUUAUGGCUGAAAUAAAAUAAUGUACAGUUCACAAAAAUGUUGAAUAAAUGUAAAUACAUUAUUACAAA